UUCGGAGCUGAGAGGAGUAUAAAGCGGAUUUGGAUACAGAAAGCGAAGUAACUACUACCUGUUGUGUUGUACGACUAUUACUUUGUAAUUGCAGGCAGAGAAAGAAAGAAAGAAAGAAGAAAAGAGAAAAGCUAACUAAAGCUUUCUCGCCCUCCUCCUCCUCAUGGAUCAGAUUGUGCAAUGUCUCUGCUGACUCAUAUUAUUAUUGGAUUUGUCACUUUCUGGUCUUCAUCUUAUGGCGGCAGAUGCGGCUUUCUUCUUUUCUGUGGCAUCAGUGGUGGAGGACGUGCUCCAACAGCACGGUCCUCGUCUCAAAGAUCUUGAUUUGGAAUCUAGGAAGGCAGAAGAAGCUGCAUCAAGAAGGUAUGAAGCAGCAGGGUGGUUGAGAAAAAUGGUUGGAGUUGUUGCAGCUAAAGAUUUGCCAGCAGAGCCAUCUGAGGAGGAGUUUAGGCUUGGUUUGAGAAGUGGAAUUAUUCUAUGUAAUGUUAUUAAUAAAGUUCAAUCCGGGGCUGUGCCUAAGGUUGUGGAGAGCCCUGUUGAUUCUGCAUUGAUCCCUGAUGGGGCACCCUUAACAGCAUAUCAGUAUUUUGAAAACGUGAGGAAUUUCUUGGUUGCUGUCCAAGAAAUUGGAAUUCCUACCUUUGAGGCAUCUGAUCUGGAACAAGGAGGAAAAUCGUCUAGGAUUGUCAAUUGCGUGUUGGCCCUGAAAUCCUAUAGUGAAUGGAAAAUGAGCGGGUCAAAUGGUGUGUGGAAAUUUGGCGGAAAUCUCAAACCUACUGUAUCUGCAAAAUCUUUUGUGAGAAAAAACUCGGAGCCAUUUACUAAUUCCUUGUCAAGGACUUCAUCAUUGAAUGAUAAAUCUCUCAACGCUCUUAAUUCUGACAUUGAGUCUAAUAAAAUGUUGCAGUCUGGUUCCCAUUCUUUGAGUACGCUUGUUCGUGCAAUUCUAUCAGAUAAGAAGCCAGAAGAAGUUCCAACGUUGGUUGAAUCUGUUUUGAACAAGGUUGUAGAGGAGUUUGAGCAACGAAUUGCAAGCCAGGAUGAACAGACAAAAAUAACUCCAAGAGAUCCUGUUUCUCAAAGCAACGGGUCUGUUAUUGCAGAUGCAAAGGGUGAGAAGAAUAUUCACGUUGUAGCAAAAAAGGAAGAUUGCAUUCAUAAAAAUCAAGUUUCUUCAAUGGUAACACAAAAUGAGGAUCGCAUUCAUAAAAAUCAAGUUGCUGAUGAGGAAUCACAAAGGCAACUUCUGAAGCAGCAGAUGCUCUUUGACCAACAGCAAAGAGAAAUUCAAGAGCUAAGGCAUACUCUUCACACCACAAAAUCUGGUAUGCAGUUCAUGCAAAUGAAAUUUCAUGAGGAGUUCUCCAAUCUUGGCAUGCACAUUCAUGGCUUAGCUAAUGCUGCUUCUGGAUAUCAUAGAGUUCUUGAAGAAAAUCGCAAACUAUACAAUCAAGUCCAGGAUCUUAAGGGAAGUAUUAGGGUGUACUGUCGAGUAAGACCCUUCUUUCCUGGACAAUCAAACCAUUUAAGCGCAGUGGAAAGUAUAGACGAUGGAGUUAUCACCGUUAAUGUUCCUUCAAAGAAUGGGAAGGGACGCAGGUCCUUCAAUUUUAACAAAGUCUUUGGACCAUCUGCGACUCAAGCCGAGGUUUUCCUAGAUAUGCAGCCACUCAUUAGAUCUGUUCUUGAUGGUUAUAAUGUUUGCAUAUUUGCUUAUGGCCAAACAGGAUCAGGAAAAACUCACACUAUGACUGGACCAAAAGAGAUCACAGAGAAAAGCCAAGGUGUAAAUUACAGGGCUCUAGGCGAUUUGUUUCAUAUAGCAGAUCAAAGAAAAGACACUUUCCACUAUGACGUUUCUGUUCAAAUGAUUGAGAUUUACAAUGAGCAAGUCAGGGAUCUUCUGGUCACUGAUGGAACAAACAAAAGAUUAGAAAUUCGCAGUAGUUCUCAAAAAGGGCUCAGUGUGCCAGAUGCAAGCCUUGUCCCUGUAUCAUCAACUAUUGAUGUUAUUGAACUAAUGAACCUGGGGCAAAGGAACCGUGCAGUUGGUGCAACAGCCCUUAAUGACCGCAGUAGUCGAUCUCAUAGUUGCUUGACUGUUCAUGUUCAAGGAAGAGAUUUGACAUCUGGAGCUACGCUUCGUGGAUGCAUGCAUUUGGUUGACUUGGCAGGAAGUGAGAGGGUAGAUAAAUCUGAGGCCACAGGAGAUAGACUAAAAGAGGCACAGCAUAUUAACAAAUCUCUUUCAGCUUUGGGAGAUGUCAUUGCUUCCCUUGCUCAGAAAAACUCACACGUUCCUUACAGAAAUAGUAAACUCACACAAUUACUCCAAGAUUCACUUGGAGGACAGGCUAAGACACUAAUGUUUGUUCACGUAAGUCCAGAGAGUGAUGCUAUUGGAGAAACAAUUAGUACCUUAAAAUUUGCUGAAAGAGUUGCCACAGUUGAACUUGGUGCUGCUCGAGUAAACAAAGAUAGUGCAGAUGUUAAAGAGCUCAAAGAUCAGAUUGCCAGCCUCAAAGCAGCAUUGGCAAGAAAGGAAGGAGAAUCAGAUUAUUCUUUAUCCAGCAGCUCUGAGAAAUACAGGACAAAGGCCAGUGAACUAUCACCUUAUCCUGACAGUGGGAAUCAGCUUGGAUACCGACGACCAAUGGUUGAGGUUGGCAACAUUGAGCUUGAGAGUAACACGACAGUGAGGAAGAAAACUCAGAGCUUUGAUUUUGAUGAGAUAUCAGCAAAUUCACCACCAUGGCCCCCAGUGAAUAAUAAUAAUAGCCUUGGACAAAACUAUGCGGAGGAUGACAAAGAAACUGGUUCUGGAGAAUGGGUUGAUAAGGUCAUGGUAAACAAAACUGAGAACCUCUUGGAGUGUUGGCAAGCAAGCAAUGGGAACUUAUCUGAGGCUUUUUAUCAGAAAUACCCCAAAAUGCACUCAGAACAAUCCUAUAACAUGUUCAUCGGAGGCAACCACUUUAACAUUGCUGGUUCAGAUGACACGGAUGACCUUGAUGCUGCAACCAGUGAUUCCUCCGAACCUGACUUACUUUGGCAAUUUAAUCAUUCCAAACUUAGCAGCAUUGGACCAAAGACUAUGAGAUCUAUCUCAAAAACAGCAAAAAGCCCAGAGUUUAGCAAGAAUGGUGUUCAUUCUUCUCCUCUAGGUCCUUCACCUUCAUUCAAACAAUCAAAUGGUGUCCCACAUCGAACAGGAAGGCAUCCAGCUCCAGUUGACGUCAAACGUAGAACUGGGAGUAGAAAGUAAACGUGUUAUUGAAAGGGGGAAGAAAAAAAAAAGAGUGAUUGUUUAUAUUUGAUUUUUUUCAAUUUUUUCAAUUCUUUAGAUCGACGAGAGAGAGCGAUUGUUAUAAUUUUUUUUAUUAUUAAUUUUGGUUUGUAUUUUGUAAUCACACGGAUAAUGGAGCAAUAAGGCAUGUUGCUUUGUUUGUAUCAUGACAUUCUUUUGUUUUACUCCACACUAGAGUUUAGAGGAUGUAAAAAAUUGAAACUCUUAACACUGAAAUGAUUUUUUAUUUGUACAAAUUAAUUUCCUUAUCACUAAUAGUAAUACCCCCUCCCUGUUUUUUCCUU